AACUCUCCCUCGACUUUACUGUCGACGCCAAGAGCUCAUUCCGCUCGCUCCUUGCCCUUCCCUUGUACCAAUACCCACCUCUCCUCAUUAUACACCAUGGCCUUGAAGCGCAAAUUGUCGUUUGACUUCGAGGACGAUGUCGCGUACUCUACUGCGAAACAACCAAAACUCUUUCCAUUCCCCAAAACGGAUCUGGACUCGGACGUAGCCAUGUCUGAGGAUGCUGUACCUGAACUUCCACCGCUCUCUAUCCCUACCCAGUCAUUCCAUACCCGGCUUCACUCGAAUGCUAGCUCGACAUCAUCCGCAUAUAGCGACUCACCUCGUAAUUCUCCAUAUUACCCAGCGUUCGAUCUUUACCCUCAAGAAGGACAAGAAGAAAUGUCAGUCGACACUAACUACUUCAAUCAACCAGCGCAGCAACAACGUUCGGUCGGACUCUUCCAACCCCGAGGAUCGGCAUUCACUCACCACGGUCAAACCUGCUCUCAAAUACCAAAACUCCGGAUGGCCUGCUCUUCGGGACUCCACGGCAAAAGGUCGAUGUGGGCGCAUUGCGAACAAUGUGGCGCGAUCGAGAUGGUCGACUCCGAUUAGACCCUUCUUAGACGAGGCAAGAACUAUUCCCCUUCCCUUCCGACCUCGACUCUCUCGACUGCAAUAGAAGAAAAACAGCAUCUCGUUCACUAACCAUCUCCACCUCGACAGUCAACUGACCCUCUAUGUUAUUCUAACUCUGCUGUACUCUCUACAUUUCUCAUCCUCCCUUCCUUACUCUUGGCGACAUUUCCUCCCUACCUACUUCAACACUUCCACCUCCUACCGACAACAGGUCCGUGCAACGUGCAAGGUACAGUUUAGGCGCGGUCAACAAGAUUUCGAGUUCACCUGGGUGGUUUCUCAUUAUUGUUCUUUGUCGAUCUUGUCACACCUUCGUCUUCGCUUUCAUGUGUUCUUGUUGUUUGUUCCCGCACCAAACCCCUGCCUCCUCAUUCUUCUCGCCGCAACCCUCAUUCGGAUGACUAUCCCCUCUACCUCCUCACCGACUUCUGCAUUUUGUUUAUUCUGUUUAUUCGCUCACGGAACACUUUUUUGUUAUUCUUACUUUGCUGCUCUGCUGUAGUAUGUAUCACCAUCAAAUACUUCUUGCCACUC